AUGUCGGAAUCUAUUCCCUCUGCCACUGCGGAUCCAGAUGCUGCGGAUCAACAGCUCCCGGCGAACGCUGAAGACCGCAAGGCCGCUGUUGCUCUCAACUCGCUGAAUACAGAUGGAUUAGCUGGUGAUGCAGCUCCAUCUAAGGGCCCAUCAAGGGCAGACCAGGAAGCUUUGAGCAAGGCUAUGAGUCGCUUAGAAGUUGUGGCCGGUCACGACUCUGGGAAAAAGACGGCGACCGAGACCCAGAAGAAAGAUGCGGAGGUGAAGAAGAAGGUGGUUAAGAUCAAUGCGGCAGAUGUUACACUUCUGGCCGAGCAGCUGGAUUUGCAUAAGAAUAAGGCGACGGAUCUUCUCAGAGCUCACGAGGGGGAUGUGACACGCGCCAUGAGGGCCUUCAUUGCCCCCUCAAUUCGGACUUGA